CUUUAGUCCUCUUCAUCUCUCCACAUUGAUUAUCCAAGCCUGUCUACAGCUCCUCCCUCUCCUGAUCCCAGCUCUCAGCCUGCUGAGUUCCCAGGAGUGCAGGGGUGUCUUUUUCACAAAGAGGGAGGGGGAUAGAAAAAAAAAAAGCCCUUUUUAAAAAGUCUUCUCUGCCUUCCUGGUCAGAAUACCUGUGCAGACCUGGCAAGGUGGACACCCUUUAACCAGAGGACCAUGCCCCCUCAAGACCUGUCCAUGGAGUACACGUCACACUUUGCACCCCCUGUGCCACCACACAAUCCUAAGCCUCUACCUACAGAUGGGUGUCAAGAGAGGAACCUGAAAUGCGUGCUUCUGGGAGAUGGUGCGGUGGGCAAGACCAGCCUUCUGGUCAGCUACACCACCAAUGGCUACCCGACUCGAUACAUUCCUACGGCGUUCGAUGACUUCUCAGCUCUGGUGCAAGUUGACAACACCCCAGUGAAGCUGCAGCUGUGUGAUACCGCAGGCCAGGAUGAAUUUGACAAGCUGCGCCACUUUUGUUACCCAAAAACCGACGUCGUCAUCCUGUGCUUCAGCGUGGUCAGCCCAUCGUCCUUUCAGAAUAUAUCAGAAAAGUGGAUUUCUGAGAUCCAGUGUCACUGCCCCAAUGUGCCAGUCGUUUUAGUGGGUACUCAGUGUGACCUUCGGGAGGACGUCAAAAUCAUGAUCCAGCUGGCACGGUACCGGGAAAAACCUGUACCCCUAUCCUCUGCCAAAGCCCUUGCUGAGAAAAUCGGGGCUGUGGGUUAUGUUGAAUGCUCCGCUCUUACUCAAAAGAAUCUGAAAGAGGUGUUUGACAUGGCCAUCUUUUCUGCCCUCCGUUUUUCUGACCUUCAAAACCAGAGGGAGAGAAAAGUGGCCGCUACUGCCAGCAAAAUGAAAACGCUAUCCAAAGCUUGGUGGAAAAAGUAUGUGUGUGUAUAGACUCUGAGCCAUUUUCUUGACUCGCAGCCAAGUGCCUUAUGACAAGAGCUAGCACUCAAGACCAAACAAGAGGCCAUUCCUGGACUAAUGUUCUCAAAUUCCCAGGUGCAUUAAAAUGAGGUGGGGCACGGACUGAACAAAUCACAAAGCCCUUGGGAGAGACUGUACCUGGGCACUACACUAACCUACAUAACGACCUUCUGACAUUCAUUCUUUGAGGGAUAUAUCCAAAUUGCACCUAUGUUUACACUGGAUAAGAUUCCGAGAUGAAAUAGGUCAGAAAGAAGCUUGGUGACCAGGAUGGUGCCUAUACAGGACUAAUAUAAUGAUUAUUUUGAUAAGCUGCCUUCUGAUGGUGGCUGAAUUUCUUAAAUAGCUUCUGUUUUAAGGAGCGUGCAAAAAAUUGGCUUCUAAUACUAUGUAUUAGCAUUGACACCUGUGUCUGUGAGCUAAAGGAUGACUUGACCACUUGUACUGUUUAAACCAAGUAGACUGCUUGGCCAACCUAAGACUCUGCAGCUGCUGUGAAACUGCAAAUCAUGACCUGCUGGGACUUGUUGUUCUGUAGCAGUGAAGGAGGCUAGGCUUACUCAAAUCUUUUUCAGUCGCUUCUUCCAUAGAUAUAAGUGUGCGGUCAUCCUUUGCCAUAACACAUCCGAUUCCUGUUUCUAUCCGUCUCUUUAAUGAAGCUUUAAAAGCAUUUGUUUGGGACAAAAAUUAUCUCAUUUCAUGUGAUUCUGUUUUCAAAUAAAAUCACUUUUUGUAAAUGAAA